CCUUUUUUGUUGGUGAAGGAUGAUGAUAUAUUUUUGUUUUUUAGUGUUAUAAAUUUCCUCAUCGUUGAAUUGUGCGUUUUUCAUGAAAUCUAUUUAUGUAACCAAAAAAUAGCUUGAAGAAGUCUGAACUCUUUGGAUUGAUCACCUCUAGAUUUGAGUUGAUGCAACUUAUCUUGCUUAGCAUCUGUCUGUUGUGUUUGAAAUCAUCUUCUUUAUUGGUUACUUUUAAAUAUAUUUCCAAUGGGUGUUUAAAUUCAGAAAGUAACUUUGUUAGAUUUAUAGAUUCACUAUUAUAAUUUUGUCUCAUUUAAUUUUAUCAUAAAAGUUUCCCAAAAAAUCUAGGAUUCUCUAAUAAUGACAUGGUUGUUUUUAAGGUGAAAUAUGAAGAUACACUCAGGCGUUUCAAUGUUCGUGUUUUCUCUACUGAGGACCGGGCCGUACUGGAGAAGAGGAUGGAUCUCAACAUGGAAGGUCUGAGGCUGAAGAUCUGUUCUCUUUUCAACUUGCCAUCAACAACAUGCUUCAACUUGACUUAUAUAGACGAAGAUGAUGACCUGGUUACGCUUGUUGAUGAUGAAGAUCUGCAUGAUGUAUUGAGUCAGUGCCUGAAUCCAGUUAGGAUUACUGUUUGUAUGAAAACAGAUAAACCUAUUGCUGCAUCUGCUGAACAGUCCACACCUAAAGUAUCCUCAGAUCCAAAUUAUCUGAAUGUUACUGAAGUGUUGAAAACUGUACCUGUGCCUCUACGUCAUGCUUUUUCAAAGAUCAGUUCUGACUUGACAGAAAAAGCUGCAUCUACGUCUCCUAUACUUGGUGAUCUCUUAGAUGGAUUAUCAAAAGUGGGACAGUCUUACUUAAAUGCAUCUCCUUCUGAUGGCAGUACUACCCCCGAGAAAAAAUCUCAAAGUAAGAAGGUUGAUGCUUCUAUGGAUAGAGGAGUGAAGCAUAAUGAUAGUCAAACUUCUAAUAUUGCCCAACUGUCUCCUAAAAAUAAUGAAUCCACUGGAAAAGCAGAAUUCAUUCCAUCUUACAGGCAAUGGCUGAUGCACAGAGGCGAGGAUGUAAACCUGGAUGAGUUUGAAAAAAACAAGUAUAAUUUGAAGUUGAUGGAGGAUAACACAAAUGUUGAUAGGAACUCUGGUGCUGAUGGCCAUGUCACUAAUUGUUCCAAAAAUAGCUUGAAAAAAUGUGUUUCUUCUGAAAAUGUUACAAGUAAAUCCGCCCAUGGUGUCAAUAAGAGUUCACAUUUUGAUGGUGGAAGCCUUUCGAGGCCAUGUUUUGAUUUAAAAUCUGUAGGUGAGUGUCCCUUUUCAGGAGAGCUUCCUACAUUCCCACCUUUCCCGUGUGAGCCCAUCUAUCCUAAUCAGACACCUGUUCGUACAUCUAAUGGAAUCUUCCAGACUAGUUUGGGCCCCAACUUCCACAAAGGAGUCCGCUGUGAUGGCUGUGGGGUUCAUCCAAUCACUGGACCGCGGUUUAAGUCCAAAGUAAAACAUGAUUAUGAUUUGUGCAGAAUCUGCUUUGAACAAAUGGGAAAUGAUCUAGAGUACUUCAGAAUAGAUUUCCCUUUGCCUUACAGACAUCCGUGUACCAAGGAUUUCUGCGACCCUGGUUCCACUUUUUUCCGCAUCCCUCACGUGCAACAACCACGUACAUUAAGGCGGCAUGCAGGAAAGUAUCCUCGCUUUAGAUUUGACAGUCACUUCAUCAUGGAUGUGAACGUCAUGGAUGGGACAGUGAUGGCCCCAUUGACUCCUUUUACGAAGAUAUGGAGGUUGCGCAACAAUGGCACGCUUUCAUGGAAUCGUGGAUUACGAUUUCUUUGGAUUGAUGGAGACCGGUUCAGUGCCUCUGAUUCGGUUGAGAUUGAGAUCCCCGUUGAUGGUGUCAGUGUGGGUAAAGAGAUUGAUAUAGCAGUUGACUUUGUUGCACCGGAGUUGCCCGGCAAAUAUAUUUCUUAUUGGAGGAUGGCUGACCACUCUGGGCAGUUGUUUGGCCAGAGAGUGUGGGUUCUAAUACAGGUUGAUGAGUCUGCGGAUUUGACUCUUGAAAGAAUUGGGCGAAACUUGAAUCUUCUCCAAUCUGAGAGUUUUGGAGCUGUAGGAGCUGAACUGAAUCUCGACUCACCAGUUCCUAUAGGUCCACCAACUGCUGAACAGAGACCUAAGACUGAGAUAGAUUUGAAUUUCCCGUUCGAAAUGGUUUCUUCUCAUGCUGCUGAUAAUAUGACUACCGCCUCGGGUGCUGCUCCUGCAGCUUCAUCAUCAGCACUGCCUAAUAUUGAUGCUGAUAAUGCUGUAACUCACAAGGCAUCGUCUGUUUGUAAUGUUGAUGUUAAAGUAAAUGAAAGCCAUGAAUCACCGUAUGCUCCUCCAUCUAUUCGAAUAUUCUCCAGCAUCGAUACAUCUGAUACAUCCUCUGCCUGCUCUUCUACUAUCAUGAACAACAAAAGUUGUGAUCUUGAACAAGAUACUGGAAAAAAUGACAUUGAAACAACCUUACUGAAGGAAUUGGACCAGAUGGGUUUUAAGGACAAUGACUUGAAUAAAACGGUUCUGAGGGUAAACGGGUAUGACAUGCAGCGGUCUCUGGAUGCUCUCUUUGGUGUUUCUGAAUGGGAUCCGAUGCUCAAAGAGCUGGAAGAGAUGGGCUUCGAAGAUAGAGUGACAAACCACAAGCUGCUGACCAAAAAUAAUGGAAGUAUAACGCGUGUGGUCAUGGAUCUGAUCGCUGGGGAGCUACCUUAGUUGAAGCCUCCAACUAAAACUAAUGAUGCAUUAUAUUUAUGUUUAUCUAUAUAUAUUUUCUAUUUUGUCAGUAAACUAAAUAAUUCCUUACACUUAGGCAUGAACUAUCUGUUUUUCUUUUUGCCAAGGCUGUGCCCUUGCUAUUUUGAUAUUUUGGGUCUGUUUGGUUGAACUAUUUUGGGAUAUGGCGUUUAGUAUAGUAUAUAUAUAUAUUUUUGUGUUAGUAAUUUUGUCCAUGACUUUGCUUUGCUAUUAAGGGUUAGUCGAAAAUUAUUUUUUGUUAGUUUUAUUAUAAUAAGGGUAAAAUUGUGUAUAUUUGAUCCUUAUAAAAUUCACUUUAGGUGAAAAUUACUUAA